AUGUUAAAAGCACAUUACUCAAAGAAGUCCAACUCCACUAUGGUGGCUGAAUUCCUGCUUACAAGAUUUUCUGAUGUGUGGGAGUACAGAGUCUUGCAUACCAUGAUAUUCCUACUGAUAUAUUUGGCAACACUGAUGGGCAACUUUCUCAUUGUCAUAGUAACCACACUUGAUGAGAAACUUCACACUCCCAUGUAUUUCUUCCUUAGGAAUCUGUCUGUAGUGGAUAUAUGCUACAUUUCUGUCACUGUACCCAAUGCCUGUGUCACCUUCCUGCUUGACAGCACAGUGAUUUCCAAGGUUGGAUGUGCAGCUCAGAUAUACUUUGUUUUCUUGUUUGCUACUGCAGAGCUUCUGUUCCUCUCUAUCAUGGCCCAUGACCGAUAUGUGGCCAUCUGCCAGCCCCUCCACUAUCCUAUGAUCAUGAACACACACGUUUGUAUCCAGAUGACCGUAUCCUCUGUGCUCAGUAGUGUGGUCUUUGCAGGAUUCCACACUGGAAACACAUUCUGGUUGUCUUUCUGUAAGUCCAAUGUGGUCCAUCAGUUUUUCUGUGAUGUGCCGUCACUGCUGAAUCUCUCCUGCUCUGACACCUUAAGCAAUGAAAUUUUAAUUUAUAUCUCUGCAGUGGUGAUUGAUGGUGGCUGUUUUUUCUUCAUCACUAGGUCUUAUAUUCACAUAUUUUAUACAGUUCUCAAAUUUCCAACCAGGAGAGAGCAGGGAAAGGCCUUUUCCACCUGUGUCCCUCAUAUCAUUGUGGUGACUGUAUUUGUCAGCUCAGCCAGUGCUGUUUAUGUGAAACCAAGUUCUAACUCACCAACAAUUAAGGACAUGAUCAUUUCUGUGUUCUAUUCUGUAGUCCCCCCUUUCUUGAAUCCUAUUUUCUAUAGUCUUAGAAACAAGCAAAUAAAAGAAGCUGUAAUGAGAUUUUUUAUCAAAAAGCUCUAUUUAUGGAAGUGA